AUGAGCUCCCUUUACAUUCUCUUCGCUGUUCUUCUCGCUACUUCUCAAGUUUCUCAGGCGUACUUCCCAUAUGCCGCCUACUUCCCAUACGCCGGAGACUACCCUGGUUUCGGUUAUUACGGCUUAGGUCACCCAUACCAUCCAUAUGCCGCAUUUGCUUACGGUGCUUACGGUGGAUUCCCUCCUUAUGGAUACCAUGGAUAUCCGUUUGGCUUG